AAACUUCUCCAUUUUCUCCAUUGUUGGAUACCUUGUAUCUGUUUGUUCCUACCUUUCUCUUCUCUUUCUCCCUCUUUCCAAAAAUGAAGUUCCAAAUCGUAGAGCUUCUGUUUGGAAAAAGCACCCCAAAACAAAUGAUCCCAAAAGUGACUUUACUUGCAGUGUUUGCCAUACUGCUGUUCACUGUCACACCACUGUCAUACCCUUUGUUCAGAUACUCUUCAUCAUCACUCAAGAACAAAGAAUCCAAGAAGCCAUACUCAGCAUUUGAUGAUCUGAAUGAGUCUGCGAGCUUGCCUUCAACUUCCAUAAAAAAGUGUGACAUUUUCAGUGGAGAAUGGGUUCCAAACCCAAAGGCUCCAUAUUACUCAAACAAAACAUGCUGGGCUAUUCAUGAACACCAAAACUGCAUGAAGUAUGGUAGACCAGAUUCUGAGUUCAUGAAGUGGAAAUGGAAGCCAAGUGGAUGUGAACUUCCUGUCUUCAACCCUUUCCAGUUUCUUGAGCUCGUCAGGGGAAAAUCCAUGGCAUUUGUUGGAGACUCAGUUGGCAGAAACCAGAUGCAGUCCAUGAUUUGCCUCUUGUCAAGGGUGGAAUGGCCCAUAGAUGUAUCGUAUAAAAGAGAUGAUUACUUUAUGAGAUGGAAGUACCCAAGUUACAACUUCACCAUGGCUGCUUUUUGGACAACUCAUUUGGUGAGAUCCAAAGAAGCAGAUUCAAAGGGGCCAGGCCCAACUGGCCUAUGCAACCUUUACCUUGAUGAGCCAGAUGAGAAAUGGAUAACCCAAAUUGAAGAUUUUGACUAUGUUAUUCUCAAUGGAGGACAUUGGUUUACACGUUCAAUGGUGUUCUAUGAGAAACAAAAAAUUGUUGGGUGUCAUUACUGCCUCUUGGAGAAUGUUCCUGACUUAACCAUGUACUAUGGCUACAGAAAGGCUUUCAGGACUGCUUUUAAGUCCAUCAAUAGAUUAGAGAACUUCAAAGGCACAGUGUUUCUUAGGACAUUUGCCCCUUCACAUUUUGAGAAUGGGUUGUGGAAUCAGGGUGGGAACUGCAUUAGAACUAAGCCAUUUAGGAGCAAUGAGACACAAUUAGAGGGUCUCGAUUUGGAGUUUUAUAUGAUUCAAUUGGAGGAGUUCAAAAUUGCUGAAAAGGAAGCUAGAAAAAAGGGUUUGAAAUAUAGGCUAUUUGAUGUCACACAAGCAUCGAUGUUGAGACCAGAUGGUCACCCAAGUAGAUAUGGUCAUUGGCCUAACGAAAAUGUGACACUGUACAAUGAUUGUGUUCAUUGGUGUUUGCCUGGUCCUAUAGACACAUGGAGUGAUUUUCUGCUCGGAAUGUUGAAGAUGGAGGGUGUGAAAUCAGCUGAAGAGAGGCUUCAUUUGCGUUCAAAUUGACAAAUCAGAUUUAUCAGAUAUUUCUGUAACCUUGCUUGUAAUUGUAAACUUCAUUGAGCACAUGUAUUGUAAAUCCUUUUUGAAUUAAGAUCGAAUUUGAUCACCCCUUUUAUAGCUUUUUUUAUGUUCA